AAAGCCAAGUUUUGUCUCUUUGGGAAGAAUUUGCGAGCAGUGAGACCGGGCUUUGGGUCAGAAACAGGAGCCCAACGAGCCAAUGACUGUCUCAAUAAAUACUCCUCAGUGUCGUGGGACGCAGGCUGCUGAAGUUACUCUUCCUGCAGAAUUACAGUCCCAGUUGUGUCGUGUGAGCGUGCGUAUGACAACAAAGCAGACAUGUGGACGAAACGCUGAGGCUCCGGGCUCCUAACUCCUCUCUGCACGGGUUAAUUAGAUUGCAAUCCCAGCUGUAAAGAUGACAUCCGCCACACCCCCUUCCUCUCGCAGCUCCUCCCCUCAGAAGGUGUGCCACUCCCAGACACAGACAGACGUUUUAAAGCCUUUACUGGGAGGUGGCGUAUCUGGCGGGGGCGGGACUCUGAGGAAGAGGAGGCGUGUCCUGUCCAAAGAUGGCCGUAGCAACGUGCGCAUUGAGCACGUCAGCGGGCGGAGUGCUCUAUACAUGCGUGACCUCUGGACAACAUUUCUGGACAUGCAGUGGCGCUACAAGUUAUUCCUGUUCACAGCCACGUUUGCGGGGACCUGGUUCCUGUUCGGGGUGCUGUGGUAUCUGAUGGCACUGGUGCAUGGAGACUUACUUGAGUUCGACCCUCCGUCAAACCACACACCCUGUGUGAUGCAGAUGCAGACCUUGACGGGGGCUUUCCUCUUCUCCCUGGAGACCCAGACAACCAUUGGUUAUGGUUUCCGCUGCAUCACAGAGGAAUGUCCAGCUGCCAUCAUCCUCCUCAUCGUCCAGCUCGUCAUCACCAUGCUGAUGGAGAUCUUCAUCACUGGUACCUUCCUGGCCAAGGUUGCUCGGCCAAAGAAGCGUGGUGAGACAGUGAAGUUUAGCCAGCAUGCUGUGGUGUCGACCCACGAAGGACGACCCUGCUUGAUGAUCAGGGUGGCCAACAUGCGCAAGAGUCUCCUGAUUGGGUGUCAGGUGAGUGGAAAACUGCUCCAGACCUCUCUGACCAAGGAAGGCGAGACUGUUCGUCUGGACCAGAGGAAUGUGCCGUUCCAAGUGGACAUGUCCAGUGACAGCCCCUUCCUCAUCCUGCCCCUCACCUUCUACCAUAUCAUCGAUGACAACAGCCCGCUGCGAGCCUGGGCUGCCAAGGGUGGGGGCUGGACAGAUCCAGAGUUGGCAGACUUCGAGCUGCUGGUGAUCAUGAGUGCCACAGUUGAGCCGACCUCCGCCACCUGCCAGGUCCGCACCUCCUACCUGCCGGAUGAGAUCCUCUGGGGCUAUGAGUUUCCGCCAGUAGUCUCCCUUUCCCCAUCGGGCAAAUACGUAGCUGACUUCUCCUUCUUCGACAAAGUGGCCAAGACUAAGACCACGCCCAUCUUCAAACCAUCCAGCCCCCAGCAUGUUUACCAGAGCAACGGAGGUGGGACUGUGCCUGAGGUGUCCGAUCCAGAGAAGAUCCGUCUGGAGCAGAGCUACAGGGAGAGAGGGGAGGAACGAGGCCGGGUCAGAGACACUCCUCUCAGUGUUCGCAUCAGCAACGUGUGAACGGAUGAAAUGGUUGAGAAGGGAGCGUCUCAUAGAGAGCAACACGCAGGAAUCUUCCGAGCACAAUGUCAAUAACAAAUCAAUGAACAUCAUAUCAAAACAGCUCGGGAGACGGAUUUUUAGACUGUUUUGAACUUUUGAAAGAUAUCUAGGUCCCAGUAGCUCCAGAUGAUGCAGAAAGGAAAUAUGGAAGACUGUGGACUUCUGUAUGGUAAACUUCAAGUUUGUCAUACGUUUGCUGGGAUAAUACAUGCUGGUAUGACUGUAUUCAGAUGACGGCAUAACACAUUGCCUAACUGCAGCUACUAUUUACAUUUGAGUGUGGCGAGUGCACAUGCACCUCACAUAUACACUUUUAUAACUAAGAAAAUAACAGGUUGGAUUAUUUAUUCACACAGAAAGAAAAAAACAUAAAUACAAAGAUAUAAAACAAAACUAAACAAGCAGUUGAGACGAUGGAAACCCCAGUUGUCUUGUUUGGGUGCUCCUCCGCUUACUAAAUGUCAAAUUGCAGUAUGAGUGGGUUUUUUCCAAUGACAAGGUUGGACGAGUACAGGGGGCGGUAAGGAUAGUGUGAUAAUGGGCGCUGGCAGAGUAAACUUUCUAUACUUCCUCUAAAUGUCAUUAAUACACAUGUGUAAGUUAUACACAUUUAUAAAACUCCUAUGACUGACAUGACAUUUGCUUUUAUUUCUGUAAAAACACCAAUGAGUGAUGCUAAGCCAGUCCUCAUAGAGCUCACAAAAACCCCCACCGCAACACACUCAUGAUAUUUUUACAUUUCCUGUUGUAAAACGACGGAAGUACCCGCGUUAAAGACACAGAUGACAGUUAUGUGUAUUGUACAUGGCAAUGCGCUGUAACACAUUAUAGGUAAAGCACUUUCUUAAACUAAUGUAGCACUACAACUGGAAUGAAGACACUUCAGAUUGAAUAUAUUGUGUUAAAGGUGCUCUAUACUGUCUAUUGAUGAUGUGGGCAUACAUUUUUUUUUCAGUUAUGUAUCGCUGUUAUUGACAGAACGUUAGCACUUUAUGUUAGUACAUGAUGUACACUUGCACCUUAGCAGGAUUAGCUGCCUUACCUUAGGAAGAUAUGAUUUUUGAUUCUACUAAAAGCACUUAAACAUUGAAUAUCACUGAAUUUGAAGCAGUUAUAGACUUUAAAGGACCAGUGUGUAACAUUUAGGGGGAUCUAUUGGCAGAAAUGGAAUAUUAUAUUAAUAAGUACGUUUUCUUUAGUGUAUAAUCACCUGCAAAUAAGACUCGUUGUGUUUUUGUUAGCUUAGAGUGAGCCGUUUAUGUCUACAUAGGGAGCGGGUCCUCUCCACGGAGCCUGCCCUGUUGCACCACCAUGUUUCAACAGUAGCCCAGAACGGACAAAGCAAAAACUUUACUUUCUUGGGCCAGAGUUGAUAGCGUUACUCGCUGCUGCCGCCGUCGCCGCCGCUCUCUCUCUCUCGCAUCACCACUCACUUCCCACGUACACACACACUCUACGUACUGUCUCUGCUCCAAAUAUCCUACACUACUCUUACAACUACUGGCUCUAGAUUGGGCCAUUCUCGUUUUCGCGUCGGCCACCUUAGUUCUUCUACACGCUUGGCACACGGGCGAGGCUUCAGUUGGUUGCAAUCUGCAACCUCAUUGCUAGAUACUGCCAAAUCCUACACACUGCCCCUUUAAUACAGAUGCUUCUUUUCUUCAAAGCUAAUUGGAAUUGCAGUUUCUCUGUCUCAGUGGCUUUAAGCAAACUGAGUGCUACAAAUGAGAUAAUGUUUCAUUACAAACAGCUGCUACAUGGAUGCAGAAGGCCAUCAGGUUAUUGUGGGUUACAAAUGUUACUGUAGGAUACUCGAGGAAGCUCUUCUUUCUGUGUAAAGUAGGAGCCUUCUGUACGUCCAUGUGAUUUUCGAGUUACUAACAUUGUCAAACUAACAACGAACAUUUUAUGGAAGCCCCUUUUAUUUUUCAGCCUAGGCAACAAGGACAUGAGGAGGACCACCAGAGGUGAGUGCUGAGAAUGUGAAAGUAAUCUUGUAAGUCACUGAUAAUGAUUCUGUUCUGAUGGAAAUGUGAAGCAAGGAUGAGUAUGAUGGAUAUGAAUGUGUUGGAAAUUGUAUGUAUUUGUAACAUUUUCUUGAAUUAACAUCAAGCUCUGGAAUGUUAAUCAGGUGGAGAGAUCCAAUGAGACACAUCUCUCUAAAAAAGGGGUUUAAUAAAGCUGAUUAUGAGUUAUUAAAGGCCA